AUGAUCUUGGUUGUUCUGCAUUGCACGGAUGAGCAGAAGGUGCUCUAUACGACGUUCAAGUUGACAGGCGAGUUGGAGAGAUGGUGGGAAUCAGUGAGAAUGUUGGAGGAUCAGAGGCCAGUACAGGUGGCGAUGACAUGGGGGCACUUCAGAGAGGUGUUCUUUGAGUGGUACUUUCCAGCCACUGUCAGGAACGCAAAGAUGGAGGAGUUUAUGAUCCUGACUCAGGGGCAGCUAAUAGUUGAGCAGUGUGCCUCCCGACUUAUGGAAUUAGCACGUUUUGCUCCUUUUACGAUACCAAAUGAGGCAAGGAAGGCCUGGAAGUUUGAGAGGGGUCUAAAUAAGGAGAUCCGAAAGCAGACAAUGAUCCUGCAGAUUCAGAACUUUGCUACUCUAGUGGAUAAAGCCAUGGUGGCAGAGGAGAGCCUGUAG